GUGCCGUGUCUCUUUCUUUUGAGUCCACGCUGACUAAAUUGAUAGAGACAAGUGUGUUUAAUGUUCAUUCUCUCGGGUGCGUUACAACUUAUUUCCACAAAAGCAUGGAGCAAAACAGAGAGAGAAACAGAGCAAUGGAACUGGUUUUGAAUCUUUUUACCAUUUUUCUUCUUCUUGCAUUGUCUGGAAGAGUCACAUGCUGCGGCAGGAACGAUUUCCCCGAGGGCUUCGCUUUCGGAGCCGCCUCUUCUGCUUAUCAGUGGGAAGGAGCUUUUGAUGAAGAUGGGAGAAAGCUUAGCGUUUGGGAUACUUUCCUUCACUCUCGUAACCGUAGUAACGGUGACAUAGCAUGUGAUGGGUACCAUAAAUACAAGGAGGAUGUGCAGCUGAUGGUGGAAACUGGCUUAGAUGCCUUCAGAUUCUCCAUUUCUUGGUCUAGGCUUAUACCUAAUGGAAGAGGUCCUGUUAACCCAAAGGGUCUACAGUUCUACAAGGACUUUAUUCAAGAACUUGUUAGCUAUGGAAUUGAACCACAUGUUACACUGUUCCACUACGAUCACCCUCAAUAUCUUGAGGAUGACUAUGGAGGAUGGAUCAACCGUAGAAUCAUCGAAGACUUCACUGCUUAUGCAGAUGUUUGCUUUAGAGAGUUUGGGCAUCAUGUCAAAUUCUGGACCACGAUCAACGAGGCUAAUGUAUUCACUAUUGGAGGUUACAACGAUGGGAUCACACCACCUGGUCGUUGCUCCUCACCGGGAAGAAACUGCACAUGGGGAAACUCCUCAACCGAACCGUAUAUAGUAGGCCAUAACUUAUUGUUUGCGCAUUCCUCUGUUUCAAGACUAUAUAAGCAAAAGUAUAAGGAGACACAAGGUGGUUCUGUAGGCUUUAGCUUAUUUGCACUAGGGUUUACAAGCGCCACGGAUGAUGACAUUGCAAUUCAAAGAGCCAAAGAUUUCUACCUCGGUUGGAUGCUUGGGCCUCUUAUAUACGGAGACUAUCCAGAAGAAAUGAAAAAUAGUGUUGGAUCAAGACUGCCAGUUUUCUCAAAGGAAGAAUCAGAACAAGUUAAAGGCUCAUCUGACUUCAUAGGAAUUAUCCACUACCUUGCGGCUUCAGUUACAAACAUUGAACUCAAACGUUCUCUUUCAGGAAACCCGGAUUUCUACUCAGACAUGGGCGUAUCUAUGACAUACCUCGGUAAUUUUUCAGCUUUUGAGUAUGCUGUUGCUCCAUGGGCUAUGGAAAGUGUUCUUGAGUAUAUGAAGCAGAGCUAUGGCAAUCCACCUAUCUAUAUUCUUGAAAAUGGUACACCAAUGAAGCAAGAUUUGCAGCUGCAACAGAAGGACACACCAAGGAUUGAGUAUUUACAUGCUUACAUUGAUGCUGUGCUCAAUGCUGUAAGGAAUGGAUCAGAUACGAGAGGCUACUUUGUAUGGUCAUUUAUGGAUUUAUACGAAUUAGUGAAGGGAUAUGAGUUUAGUUUUGGAUUGUACUCUGUGAAUUUCAGCGACCCUAAUCGCAAGAGAUCUCCCAAACUCUCUGCUCAUUGGUAUUCUGCUUUUCUCAAGGGCAACACAAGAUUUCUUGGUUCUCAAGGCAUCAUGCAAUUGCAGCAAAACAACUUCUCUUCUUCAGCUUCUUCGUAGUGAUGUUGCAUUUAUAUAUUCUGAUUGGUUUAUUAAUUAGAGCUGUUUUUUGAACUGCUUGCCGUUUUAAGUAUCCGAAUUUAAUUUUAUUUCGACUAA